ACUUUAUUAUUCAUGAGCAGAAGCGGAAGAGUAUUAUUCAUGAGCUGGAACUUGUCAGUUGUGGUGAUUUCGCGUGUUCCUUUUAAAGUUGUUCUAGUUUAAGUGGUUAUUUUAGUUUGUUUUGGGUGGAUUAUCUGCGAUGUGUUGAGCGGAAGUUGGUGUUUGUUGCUCUUCCGUGUCGGGCUGAGGAUGUCUGUGGGGAACCUCGGGCUGUGUCUGCUGUGUGUUGUGCUGGAGUGUGUGUCCGCCAGACCCCCGCAUGUGGUGCUCAUAUUAGCGGAUGAUCUGGGCUGGAAUGAUGUGGGUUUCCACGGCUCUGAGAUUAAAACUCCUCAUCUGGACCGGCUGGCGGCGCAGGGAGUCCGGCUGGACAACUACUACGUUCAGCCGCUUUGCACACCGUCCCGGAACCAGCUGAUGACCGGAAGAUACCAGAUCCGCACAGGGCUCCAGCAUCAGAUCAUCUGGCCCUGUCAGCCGUACUGUGUUCCUCUGGAUGAGAAGCUCCUGCCGCAGGUCUUGCGCGAGCGAGGGUACCACACACACAUGGUGGGCAAGUGGCACCUGGGCAUGUUCCAGAAGGACUGUCUGCCCACACACAGAGGCUUCCAGAGCUUCUUCGGUUACCUGACGGGCUCAGAGGAUUACUACACACACAAGAGGUGCAGCCCCAUCGCUCCUCUGAAUGUGACGCGCUGCGCUCUGGACCUGCGGGAUGGCGACGCUGUGGCUCUGAACUACAGCGGACGAUACUCUACUGAACUGCUGACAGAGAGAGCCACACACAUCAUCACACAACACACACCUGACCAGCCGCUGUUCCUCUAUGUGGCGCUGCAGGCAGUUCACGCACCGCUGCAGGUCCCCGAUCACUACAUCGCCCCCUACAGCUUCAUCCAGGACCCGCACCGCCGCAGGUAUGCUGGAAUGGUCUCCGCUAUGGACGAGGCUGUGGGAAACAUCACACACACACUGCAGGAGACGGGGCUGUGGGACAACACUGUGCUCAUCUUCUCCACCGAUAACGGUGGUCAGACGCUCUAUGGAGGAAACAACUGGCCUCUGCGUGGCAGGAAGUGGACGCUGUGGGAGGGCGGAGUCAGGGGUGUGGCCUUCGUGAGUGGACCACUCAUAGAGAAGCCUGGAGCUGUCAAUCGAGAGCUGAUCCACAUCUCUGAUUGGCUGCCUACGAUUGCGGGUCUGGCAGGGGCGUCAACCAACGGCACCAAACCUCUGGACGGGUUCGAUGUGUGGCAGUCCAUCAG